UUGGAGCUUGGACCAGUAUUUCUUAUAGGAUCCCACAAACUCAUGUAUGUGCAUAUAUAGGGUUUCACCCAUGGGUCGGUAGUGUCUUAAUUUAUUGUUUUCCUGAGUUAGUUUUGGGGCUUCUCCAAUACUCUAUGCUUUAGGUUAGCCAUCUUUUUAAGUCCAGAUCUAAUUUAUCAAGUCCACAAAGUUUCCAUCGGAUCCAUCAGGAAGAAGAAGAAGAAGAAGUAAUUAUGCUGGCGAAUAAGUGGUGGGAGAGACUAGAUCAUGCGUCCACCUACGAACCUCCAGGCGCCGCUCCACCCUACGUCCAUCCCCACCUCCUCCUUCACGAUCCUCAGCAGGAACAGCAGGAACACCACUCCAAUCAAAACCCCGAUCUAGACUCUGGGGCCACUAGCUCCGCCACCAACUCCAAUAAUCGGCGUCCUAGAGGGCGUCCCCCGGGGUCCAAAAACAAACCGAAAGCCCCAGUCAUAGUCACGCGCGACAGCCCGAACGCGAUGCGAUCGCACGUGCUGGAGAUCACAAACGGAGCGGACAUCGUGGAGAGUGUCUCUGUCUACGCCAGGAAGAGAGGGAGAGGGAUUUGCUUCAUGAAUGGGAGCGGGAGUGUUUCUAACGUCAGCUUGCGUCAGCCAGGCCUAGGGGGCAGCAGCCAGCUGCUCACUCUACACGGUAGGUUCGAGAUACUGUCACUUACAGGUACGGUGCUUCCGCCUCCUGCACCUCCCGGUGCGGGGGGAUUGUCUAUUUUCUUGGCAGGAGGGCAGGGGGAGGUUGUCGGAGGGAGGGUGGUGGGGCCCCUGGUGGCUUCGGGGCCAGUGGUUUUGAUGGCGGCUUCGUUCUCCAAUGCCGUGUUUGAGAGGUUGUCCUUGGAGAAGGAGGAGACUACGGCGUCUCAUGAGUCUUCUGGAGUGACUGGAGGGGGUGGGCAGUUGGGGGAGGGUGGAGUCAAUAUGGGAUUGGGAGCUGGAAAUGUGAAUAUAGGGAACCAUCCUGCAGGUUUGACUACUGGGGAUUUGUUUGGGUGGAAUAAUGCAAGUGGAAGUGCUUGAAGUCAGCGUUUUUAAUUUUAUAUAUAUAUAAUGUAGCUUCAUAUUAUAUAUAGGAAGAGUGCUUGAAGUCGGCCGUUACUGCUUGUGGAAUCAAUUUCUUAGUGUUAAGACAAUAAAUAAAUAGACUGUUGACAUGCGAAUGUAGUGAUUAUUUUAUCUCCCCA